GGAGCCUGCAGCAUCUUCUGCUUCUUUCCCGGGCAGCGCUAUCUGGCGGCCAGAAAGUUACCAUGUCUAUUCUCAAGAUCCACGCCAGAGAGAUCUUCGACUCUCGUGGGAAUCCCACCGUUGAGGUUCGCCUCUACACUUCCAAAGGUCUCUUCAGAGCUGCUGUGCCCAGUGGUGCAUCCACUGGUAUUUACGAUGCCCUCCAGCUCCGGGACAAUGACAAGACCCGCUACCUGGGAAAAGGUGUCUCAAAGUCUGUUGAGCACAUCAAUAAAACUAUUGCACCCGCCCUGAUUAGCAAGACACUAAACAUCGUGGAGCAAGAGAAGAUUGACAGACUGAUGAUCGAGAUGGACGGAACAGAAAAUAAAUCUAAAUUUGAUGUGAACACCAGUCUGGGUGUGUUCCUGGCUGUCUGCAAGGCGGGGGCCUUCAAGAAGGGGGUGCCUCUGUACCGCCACAUUGCCGACUUGGCGGGCAAUGCCGAAGUCAUCCUGCGGGUUCUGGCUUUCAACAUCACCGACGGUGGCUCCCACGCCGGCAACAAGCUGGCCAUGCAGGAGUUCACGAUCCUGCCUGUGGGUGCAGCCGGCUUCUGGGAGGUCAUGCACAUUGGGACCGAGGUCUACCACAACCUGAAGAAUGUUAUCAAGGAGAAAUACGGGAGAGCCACCAACGUGGGGGAUGAAGGCAGGUUUGCGCCUAACAUCCUGGAGAACAAAGAAGCUCUGGAGCUGCUGAAGAAUGCCGUCGGGACAGCCGGCUACACCGACAAGGUGGAUGGCAUGGAAAUAGCUGCCUCAGAGUUCUUCUGGUCGGGCAAGUAUGACCUGGGCUUUAAGUCUCCCAAUGACCCCAGCAGGUACAUCAUGCCCUACGAGCUGGCCAACUUGCACAAGUCCUUCAUCAAGGAUUACCCAGUGGUGUCCGUCGAAGACCCCUUUGACCAGGAUGACUGGGAAGCUUGGCAGAAGUUCACUGCCCGCACCAGCAUCCAGGGCUCGCCUUCAAAGUUCCACCUGAAGAAUAAUUCAAACUCCCUUCCAGAUGGAGGGGUCAGACUCAACUCCCUGACCAGCCAUGCUGAAUUUCUGUGGCUGCCCAUAUGUAGUCAGCAUGGCAACUUCUCCACGGUGCAGUGGGGUCCCUUCAUCCCUCCAGGUGGCCUUCUAGGGAAAGAUCCCUUGAAGAAGCCCAGUCCUGCUGACUUCCACAGGGUUUAUACGCAGACUUGGGACACAAUCGCCAUUGCCCUUCUGUCAGUGGGCACGCACCCCACUCCCUCUGUGCCAGCUCUCAGCACUCUGUACCAGCUGUUUAUGUGGUCUUGUCUUGAUGAUGUGAUGGUACUCAUGGACAAGAAUGCAUCGAGAUUUCUGUAUCCCAAAGAGUGGCAGGACCUCACCAUGUUCAUCCUCACCCUCAAUGGCUGUUUAGAUGUCAUGAGCAAGACCUUGCUGCCUCAGAGGUGUGUGCUUCUAGAAAAAGGUUCCCUGGCCUUGACCUUCUACGUGCUCCUGCUAUUGUUGACGUCACAUGUCUAA